GAGCAAAUAUAUUUUUUUUUAUUUCAAAAAAAGUCCAUACACCAAAAAACCUAAAGUUCCCCUUCUUUCAUCACUCUUUAUUUCACUCUCUCUCUAUACUUCACCUAUGUGACCCUUCUCUCCCAAAUAGAGAGAGAGAGAGAGAGAAAGUGAGCGAAAAAGUGUACUGCAACGCACGUCGCUACUGAGCAACCCCAUGGAUUCUUCUUUCUCUACCAUUAAGCAAAGUACCCAAAAAGCCUAAUAAAGAGAAAACUCCAUUUCAGAUUUUACCUGUGGCGGACCGUAGAAGAACCCUAAGGGGACAAUUUUACACUGUAAAAAUGUUCUGGGUCACCAAGUUUUCUGGAUUUUUCGCCGCUGCAAUGGUAAUGAUUGUGUUAUCCCCUUCUUUACAAUCGUUUCCACCUGCUGAAGCUAUUAGAUCUUCACACCUUGAAUCCUAUCUCAGAUUUCCCAGUCAAGUUACCAACAAUAUACCGCUUAAUCGCUUCUCAUUUCGUAAAGCCCCUUUAUUCAGAAAUGCCGAUGAAUGUGCUAGUAAUAACAAAAGAAUAUGUGAUCCUUCGCUUGUUCAUGUUGCUAUUACUCUUGAUGUUGAGUAUCUUCGUGGUUCAAUUGCUGCUGUUCAUUCAAUUUUACACCAUUCUAGAUGUCCGGAGAGUGUGUUCUUCCACUUUCUCGUUUCCGAAACCAACCUCGAAACCGUAGUUCGAUCCACUUUCCCGGAGUUGAAAUUCAAGAUAUAUUACUUCAACCCUGAACGUGUGAGGAAAAUCAUCUCCACUUCUGUUCGGCAAGCCCUUGAACAGCCGUUAAACUACGCGAGAAAUUACCUGGCUGAUCUACUGGAGCCCUGUGUUAAUCGCGUUAUCUAUUUAGAUUCCGAUAUUGUAGUUGUCGAUGACAUUGCCAAACUAUGGCGUACAAAUUUGGGCAAAAAAACAAUCGGAGCACCGGAGUACUGUCACGCCAAUUUCACCAAGUACUUUACGAAAUCGUUUUGGUCAGAACCUAGAUUUUCCGGGACAUUCUCCGGGCGGAACGCGUGUUACUUCAACACAGGGGUAAUGGUAAUAGAUCUGCAGAAAUGGAGACGGGUCGGGUACACGAAACGGAUAGAGAAAUGGAUGGACAUACAAAAAGUUAAUCGGAUCUAUGAACUCGGGUCAUUGCCGCCCUAUCUAUUGGUCUUCGCCGGACACGUGGCACCCAUUGAGCACCGGUGGAACCAGCACGGUUUAGGCGGCGACAAUGUAAGGGGAAGUUGCCGGGAUUUACAUCCCGGUCCGGUUAGUUUACUUCAUUGGUCCGGUUCAGGUAAACCGUGGAUUCGGCUCGAUUCAAAAAAACCAUGUCCACUUGAUUCACUAUGGGCACCGUACGAUUUGUAUGGAUUUUCAUCGGUUGUCCUUUCACAUCAAAGUUGGCUAAGGACUAGGAAAACAGUAGUAAGGUACUGUAAAAAGAGGGGUGUCAUUCACAUUAUAAAAUCAAAAGGAGAGAGACCUAUUGCUGUAUUUGGCAGUUUUUGCAGUGGUGAGGACUGGUGGGUAUGUAGGGAGAAAGAAUCCAAGGAAACCGUGAUGUUACAACUUAUUAGGUGCCCAAUUGCACGGAUUUCUUUUGAUACAAAGAUCUAACACCCCUUUUAUUUCUUGUGAAACUCCCAUCUUUCCCCCUCAACUUUGCCUCCUCUAAUUACCUUCACUUUUUUUUCUUCUUUAAUAAGUAUUUGUUCAGAUUAGCUUCCACGCGCUUUAAAUAAUGGAAAAUAUAGCUAAAGUAGCAUACUUAAAUAUUAAAUUACAAAAAAUAAUAAUACUUUUAUCAAAUUACAUUUUGUAGCAUAUGUAUUUGUAAUAACAGUUUGCAAAAAUGCAAAAUACAUAUUGUUCAUAUUUGCCGUAAAAAUUAUAUGUAUUUGUAUUUUUGUAGCAACAGUUUGCAAAAAUAUAAAAUACAAUUUGCUAUAUUAUGUAAUUAUGAAACUGUUGCUAUGAAACUCAUAAUUAAAUGGAUAAGUAUGUUAUUUCUGAAUUUUGCCCAAUAAUAAUUUUAUUGGAUACUUCAUACCUUCUGCCGCAUAGGUAUCAAGUAAUUUUAUUAGUCAAAACUCGAGACAAAUAGGAAGGAGUUGGUGUUGUCUCUGCUUAAAAUUUUAACACGAGAAUUGAGAUCUCAUGAUUUUCAAUUUACUUCAUUGAUCAUUAGGUAUACAUUUAUUAAUUAUUGAACAAAAAUAACGUAUGAUAUCUGCAAAUAAAGGCAGAAUAUGUGGACGAUCUCUUGUCAAUAAAUUUUAUUUCAACACCCAAUUUAUGAUUUGUUUUGAUUGAGUAUUCGAAUCCCCUCAAAUUUGGAACAAGUAUCGCGCUUGUAUUCAAGCAUUUAUUAUCUAAAUAAGUUAAAUCCUAUAAAAGAUGUCAUUUUCGUUAGUUAUGGACAUUAGAAUCAAUUAUUGAGGCAUAGCUGGAAUUUCUUCAAAUUUCAUGAUUAGUUUUACAAAGGCGUAUAAGCUUUUGGCAAGAUUAUAUGUUUCCGAUAAACAUCAAAUUAGUGUCGGUAUGACAACAACAAAUAUUAAGUGAUAAUUAUAACUAUAUUUAGCAUAUGAUGAUACAACAAGUGGUUUGUCUAAAAUACUUAGCUAAAUAAAGAAAAAAGGAGGGUGAGCUGUGACUUUGAUGUGGCAUCUAA